AAUAAUUAAAAUGUUUUAAAAGAAAAGUACCUUGAGGAGUGUCAACACAAACCCAUGAUAAGAUGAAGAUAGCAUAGCAAAAGCUUUUUGUGCGGACGCAAAUAAUGCAUUCUCAACACUCUUCACAUGUUAACUUAACCGUCAACUCCAACUGUUAGCAUUGAUAGUAUCAAUUACCUUGCAUAGUUCAAAUCCAAGCAUCCAAAUGGUUCCCAAGUUGGUGAAAUCGGGCUCCUUUCGUCACGGUUUUGCGGAGAAGAAGGAGAAGCUUCUCUCUAUGAAGGGUGCUGGUUAUUCCCAGAUUGGGCUUCCCAUGCAGGAUGAGGAGGAGCAAUCAUGGAUCGUCAAGUCGUUCAAGACGGUGCAGCGUGUUGUUGCCAAGGCUUGGGAAAUGGGUCGCUCUGAUCCUAGGAAGAUUAUCUUCGCCGCUAAAAUGGGUCUUGCUUUGACCCUUAUUUCGCUUUUGAUUUUCCUCAAAGAACCCUUAGGGGAUAUGAGUCGUUACUCCGUUUGGGCUAUUCUAACUGUCGUCGUUGUCUUUGAAUUCAGUAUAGGAGCAACUCUGAACAGGGGGUUUAACAGAGGAUUGGGGACAUUAUCGGCUGGAGGACUUGCUCUUGGGAUGGCAGAGUUAUCAGCAUUGGCUGGAGAAUGGGAGGAACUAGUAAUUAUCAUCAGCAUCUUCAUUGUAGGAUUUUGUGCCACUUAUGCAAAACUAUACCCAACUUUGAAGUCUUAUGAGUAUGGGUUCCGUGUGUUCUUGAUCACGUAUUGCUUCGUUAUGGUAUCUGGAUAUCGAACAGGGGACUUUGUGGUUACAGCUAUAAAUAGAUUUUUUCUCAUUGCAAUUGGUGCUGCUGUAUCUUUGGGAGUAAAUAUCUGCAUAUACCCAAUCUGGGCUGGUGAGGAUCUGCAUGACCUUGUGACAAAGAAUUUCAUGGGUGUUGCAACAUCUUUGGAAGGUGUUGUAAAUCACUACCUAAAUUGUGUUGAAUAUAAGAAGGUCCCAUCUAAAAUUCUUACUUACCAAGCUGCUGAUGACCCAGUUUACAAUGGCUAUAGAUCGGUGGUUGAAUCUACAAGUAAAGAGGAUUCAUUGAUGGGAUUUGCUGUUUGGGAACCCCCACAUGGACAUUACAAAAUGCUUAAAUAUCCCUGGAAGAAUUAUGUGAAGUUAAGUGGGGCCCUAAGGCAUUGUGCAUUUAUGGUCAUGGCUAUGCAUGGAUGCAUACUUUCUGAAAUACAGGCCCCAGCGGAGAAGAGACAAGUUUUCUGUAGUGAGCUUCAGAGGGUAGGUUCCGAAGGGGCAAGAGUGUUGCGUGAACUUGGAAACAAAGUUAAAAAGAUGGAGAAGCUAGGCCGGGGAGACUUGUUGUAUGAAGUGCACGAAGCAGCAGAAGAAUUGCAACAGAAAAUUGAUAAAAAAUCGUACCUUCUUGUGAAUUCAGAGAGCUGGGAAAUUGGAAACCGGCCGAGAGAAGAUAGUGAGCCUCAACAAGGCCUCUUUAACAUGGAUGAAGAAAGAAAAUUUCUUGAGUACAAGUCUCUCAGUGAAGCAGUACUUGAUCUCAGAACAGUUGAAGUUCCAAAAGGUUGGGAUGGGAAUUUAACUUUAGGUGAUAAGCCUGCUGUGCCUGACUCUGAAAACAUGUUUAGGAAACAGAUAUCUUGGCCUGCUCAUAUUUACUAUAAAUCAAGUGCAGUGACAAAAGAGGAUCCAGAAUCAAAAACUUAUGAAAGUGCUAGUGCACUAUCUCUGACAACAUUUACAUCACUUCUGAUUGAGUUUGUUGCAAGGCUUCAAAACCUAGUGGAUUCAUUUGAAGAACUAGGUGAAAAGGCAAACUUUGCAGACCCACUUGAGCAACAAGCACCAGUAACAUCGUCUGGGUUUUGGGCCAGGUUGUUUAACUGCUUAAAAUUCAAGGAUUGAAAUAUGGACUUGCUCAUUUCAAGCAUUAUCUUGCAGAGGCAGAGCUUCUAAAUGAGAAUCAGCAUUACUAAUUCUGAAUCACUUUGCAACCCCUCCUUUUUUGAUAGGUUGUAAUGCCACCAUUUUGGUAUUUGAAGAUCGGUGAGUUGAAAUGUUUAUGAAGACUCGAGAACAAUCUCUAGAUCUAGAGCGAAUAACCCACUUCUAUACAUUUACAGAAAUCUCCUAUAGUAUCAAAUGAUUAGCAUAAUUUUCCUUUAGAUUAAAUGUUAAAUUUAUCUAUCCUCGGUCAACUUAAAAUUGGUUCAGUCAUUUUUAUUUAAAUUAUGAAUGCACUUUUGCCU